CAAAAUGAGCGGAAGAGGAAAAACCGGAGGCAAAGCCAGGGCCAAGGCAAAGACCAGGUCAUCCCGCGCCGGACUUCAGUUUCCCGUGGGUCGUGUUCACAGACUUCUCCGUAAAGGAAAUUACGCUCAGCGUGUGGGGGCUGGCGCGCCCGUCUACUUGGCCGCUGUGCUCGAGUAUCUGACUGCUGAGAUCCUUGAGUUGGCUGGCAACGCUGCCCGCGACAACAAGAAGACUCGCAUCAUUCCUCGUCACCUGCAGCUGGCUGUCCGCAACGACGAAGAGUUGAACAAACUCCUCGGUGGUGUCACCAUCGCUCAGGGUGGAGUGUUGCCUAACAUCCAGGCAGUACUUCUUCCCAAGAAGACCGAGAAGGCUGUCAAGUCCAAGUAAUGUCCCCGUUUG